AAUAGAGCCACAUGGCUCAUUCUAUUUAAUUUUUAAUUCCGAUAGUUUUUAUUUUAGCUAUUUAAAAUGAACCGAAAAGAAUUUGAGUAUGAUUGCGAUUUUCGUAUUACCCGAAAUAAGAACUUGGAGUCUUUUUAUCAGAAUUUUUCCAAGUUUGAUGUAAGUUAAUUAUACUUACGAAUUACUGAUAACUUGUUUCGUUGAAUAUUAAAAGCUUCUGUGAAGGAAAAUAAUGGUUGGGAAUUGUAUUUCAUAUUGCGACCAGAGUUAUUCCGGAAUAUUGAAGGAAAAACACGCUGAAGCUAUGGAAGUUUCACCUACCACUCCACCAUCAGCAUAUCUUCCAUCAUUUUUACUAGGAGACAGUGAAGUAUCAGAGGAAGCUAGGUCCAGAAUUGGUGGAAGGGAAACGCACAAUGUCAGUCCUCCUGGAUUUAAAACUUUUUCACCAAUUAGGACUGAAUUCAAUAGAAGUACUAAAGUACGUCUAAAUGGACCUCCCACUCAAAGUUUAUUUGAUGAAACAGAAUCUCCUACAAAAUUGAACAAUUCGGUCAUCUCGCCUGGAUGGGUUACAAGUUUAGGAAGUAGGAGUGGAGGGGAAAACAGCUUCAAAGAUGAAGAUGGUCUCUGGGUUGUUGUAUUUGGUUUCACACCUGCAGCUGCCUCUCAUAUUUUUAACAUGUUUAACCAGUGUGGCCGUGUGGUUGAACAUUCAUAUCCCCCCAAUGGUGGUAACUGGAUGAUGAUUCGGUACGAAGAUAGAGCUGGGGUAAGAAAAGCCCUUGGAUUCAACACAAGAGUUGUGGCUGGAAAUAUUAUGCUUGGGGUGACGGAAAGGAGGAGAAUUCCAGAAUUGAGAAUCACAGAAGCUGAGAAAGAAAUUGUUAACUCGAGUAUAGUGACAUCACCUCUCAACACCUCUCGCGUUAGGCAUCUUGGCCCUUCUAAACAGCCUCUGGCACAAAUUGACGAAAAUAUUCCAAAGAAAGAUAAUUCUGUUAUGUCUCGUGCAAUGGAUCUUCUUUUUGGAUGGUGAUUUAAAGAACAAGGACAUAUGACUUUAUUAAAGUUUGAGAAAACAAGAACUUGAAGUGAUUGUUUUUAAGAAUGUAUAUAUAUAUAUGUGUACGUUAUUUUGUUGUUAUGGACUAUUGUAUUGUUAUUUAAAAUUAAUAUUGCUCAAGUUAUUAUUAGUGGACUGACCAAUUAAUCACAUAAUGUUUCCUUUUAAUUUCAUUCAAAGGAAGCAGAACCGCUUGUAGGCGGUAUAAAUUAUAGCAUAAAAUUAAAAAUAAAGCUAGCUUUUAAUAGCUGGAACUGAAACUUAAAUUAACUUUACAAAAUGGAAACAAUACCACAUCAUUGAUAAAAUAAUUCAAACUGUAUUUAUUUAAGUAAAAAGAUUAUAUAAAACUGUUUUUUUGUUUUUUUUAUAUUGACAUUUAUUUAGAAACGAUCAGUCUUUUUCUAACAAUGUAACAUAUAUUUAACUAAACUCUUAACGCUAGUAAUGCAAUGAUCUAUUUUUGAGAUCAGUGAAUACAAAAAUCAAAAUGUUGAUAAACUGAAUACAAUCAUGGUGCUAAUGAGAAAUAAAAAUCUAUUUCAGUUGUUUACUGAAAACAACUAUUUAACAAAUAAUUAGGAUUGGUCAAGGUGCUUGUAACAUUUGUAACAACAAAGUACAUUAUGUUUGUCUCUGCUAGUUUCUUCUAGUUUGUCAAGAAUCAGUAAAUCACUGAUUGGUAAUUUAUAAGAUACAUCAUUAUUUGAUAUAACCUUUUAAUAUUAAAAACUUAAAUAUUAACAACUCACAGCCAAAAUACAAUUAAAUGAAGGAACAUUAAAACAUACAUAAAUGGAUUUAAACCACUUUGAAAAUAUUCUCUUUUUCUACUAAAGAAAUAAGCUUAGCAAAAUUUUCAUAUUUACAAAGAACAUCUAAGUUACCAAGUAUAAUCAAUUUUCUUUUGGCCCUUGUUACUGCCACAUUCAUUCGAUUCCAGUCACCAAGAAUAUCUUUUCCCUAAAAAAUUAGAUGUCAUUAUAUUUUAAAUGAAUUUAUUAUAUUGCGUUAAAGAUGUCAUAGAAAGAGCAUUAGCCAGUCAAUUAUUAAUAUAACUAAGCCAUUGUAUACAAUUAAAGUUUAAAUACUGUAAAUAUUUUAAUGAAACAACCUUAAGUUGAUCAUAAGGAGCAUCUUUUUUGCCAAAUAUACAUACCGUAGACUGUUUGCACCUGGUUGUUGAAAAAAUAAUGAUGUCCUUAUCCCUUCCCUGAUAUUGAUCAACUGUAUUCACUUCUAUACUAUCUUCAAUGGAAGACCUUAGCAGUAAAACCUGGCGGUUGUAUGGAGCUAUUACGCCAAUCGAUUCACCUUCCACUCCUCCCUGUUAUAGUAAAUGCAAAAUUAAUAUUAUUAUUAACUUUUUUUUUUUUUGUAAAUAAAGUAUAUUCAGUAAUAAGUAAGUAAAUGUGUAUAGAAUAAAAUAUAUUCAAUGAUUAAGUCAAGAUAAAUGCAGCCUUACCAUUAACAGUCCUGAUUUUCAUUCAGUAAAAACCUUCAUAUAUCCAACAAGAACAUUCAAACAAAUAACUAGAUGGUGUGUUAAAUUUGUAUUAUAGUUGUUGUAAGUAAACUCAAUCACUGAUUUUAAAACUCUUUAAUCUUCGCAAAAAUACAUAAACCCAAAUUAGAUAAAAUAGUUUGAUCACAACGCUUUAUGGUAGGUUAGAGGCAAAGCAACAAAAAAGGGUACAAAUUCUUUCUUCUACGGAGGAUUCCAGAAAUAAAAAGCUUGUUCAAUAUUGAUAGAAGGGACAAAUGGAUUGAAUCAGAGAAUGAUCAAGUGUGUUUAGUCACAAUGCUUUGAAGCCAUUUCAUUCCAGGCAGUAACCUAAUAUAAAUUCCCACAAUGUUUCCAAGGUACUUUGGUUUUAUCAAAUCUCAUUGUAUGUGAGAUAGUUACGCAAAUUCAUUAAUUAAGCGUAACAUAAAUAAAAGUAAGGUUUUAAUUAAGAUUUACAUGGAUUUAUUGAUAGACAAUUCUAUAUAAAUUUAUAAUUCCAUCUAUGAGAAACUUGCAACCAACCCUAUUUGGCACCUAUCUUACUACCGAACUAUGACAAAAGAAUUUAAUAAUAAGUGUUUUUAUCAAAUUGAUUCCUUACGAUAUUUAUUAAAAACAUUGUAUUUUUAAUUAAUGUUUUUAAUAUAUAUUAAAAUGCAUCAAUUUGAUAAAAAUAUUUAUUAAAUGUACAAGUUUGAAAUAAUAAAUCAAAUUUAAAAUAUUUAUUUAAAAAUUAGAAUAACUGAAUAUUUAUUCGUAUACUAGACAGGACACUUUCUAUUUUGAAUCUGAGAGUAAGAUUAUUGGAAAAAGAAAACGUACGUAUUUCAGUAAUAAUUUCACAUUUUAUAAUAACGAGCUAAUAUUAUUAAGAAUGAUGUAGAGAUGGUUGACCAUGAUAUAAUACGAGAAUUGCACCCCUCGACCAAUUCCUUCUCAUAAUAUUAUUAAGAUUAUAGGGGUCGCGGUCAUUGAGUAAGUUAAGGCGCCUGCAAAAAUUGUAUGCUACGAGUUUAAACUCCAUUCCCGGGAUUAAAUAACAAAAAAAAAAAACAUGUAAAUAAUUAAUAAUAAUAUGUAUGGGGACGGUAACGUCCCCGACUCUGGGACUUACAGACUUGAGAGCAACCACUGUGUCUAAUAACAUAGCUCCUUUGGUCCUCCAGACUUUGGGUGUUGGGCAAAGGGCUAAUAACCCUAUCCCGUAAAAAACAACAGAAUAGAGACGUAUGCAAAAGGUUGCCAACCAUCCUGAUGAAGGGGGAGUGAUUGUGAUCAUGUCCGGUUAUUAUAAACCAUGCGCUCCCUGGAUAUCAUCUACAUAAGAAGAGAAUCAAACAAUUACAGCUUAUCGCCUAGAACAGCCCCAAUGUUGCCAGAAGACUAAUGGCGGAAGGCAAAAGAGUCAAGAGGCAUUUAAAAGAAAAAAAAAAAUUAUACCAAUAAUAAGUCUAACUUACUUCUUGCGUGCUUACAAGGUUUUAGAGGUCAGUUACUGAUAUAUAAUUAAAACAUUAUCCUAAAUUGGAAGCAUACCUUUAUAAGAGCAUCAACAAUCUGUGAAAUGAUUUUAGCUUCCUCUUGAUUUUCAGUUGAAUCAGAAGCGUCCUUGUUUUCUACAUCCAGGAUCACCACAGAUCUUUUGAGAUCUGUCACCAGAACUUGUUGCAACCAAUAUGGGGCUGAACUUGGAAUACCCUAUAAGAUAUUUAUAUUAUCAGUAAAAUAA